AUGACUCACAACAGCUCCGUCGGGGGAAUCCUCGCACCUGGCGAUGCAGCGCAGCUGAUCAAACUUGGCCUCGUCAAUCUUCCCCACCCGCCUAAUGGCUCUAUCCGAAUACACAAGCGUCGACUCAACCGCACAAGCGAUGCAGUGCAUAAGAAGAUUCCUCUCAACGCUAACAUCGAAUCCCGCCCGGACGCAUUUGCGACUAUACCGGAGAAGCUCAUCUCCAAAGCUACUAUUGAGUAUGUCGGUUACAACAGCGACAGAGCGACGCAGAUCUGGAGCGGUUGGGCCAACUGGCCAUCGGGUCCCAUCAUUCGCGAGAUUGACCCCAGUGAUUGCAAUACUAUUGAGGUCUCGUUCAUUGACUGGGUGAAGCGCCAUACUGGGAAUCCCCUAGAGUAUGAUGUCUGGGGGGACGAUGACUCGGCCUGGUUCCACCUAAUGCAGCAGUGCGGCAUCGCAACUGAGCUCCAGCAGAGCAUCAUGGAUCCUCGUUUCAAAGACAGGCGGUUGACGGGCACUUGCAUCGGCUGGCUUCGGAAUACCAUGAAACUGCGCUAUGAGUGGCUCCAGGAGAUCCAGCGAGCUUCUGCUGAGCGUGAGAAAGCUCUGGGGAAUCAGGGAAUUUCGGCCCGGUCCCAACAACAAAGUGGCUUAGCCUCCAGAGGUGUACACAAACUCGCAGGGCCAUCAAGCGUUAUAGGGUCCACUGUGUUAUACAAAGCGAUAGACGAAGCACGAAUCAACGACCUCUUUGAUCAUGAGGGCAACCUUGACAAAAUCCAACUCUUAUUAACCCCCCCUUCGACCGACUUCAGCAGAAGCAAGAGCAUGUACUACUUCACUCCCGACUACAGCCUGGCCAGGAAACAAGCUGCGUGGAUAACGCAACGAGGGCCACCCGCGGUCAUAGUGCAGAUUGCAGUCUCAGAUAGCGCAAUCACAUCCAUGGAACCCCCCGAUAUACAAUGCGCUUCCUGGCCGAAUUCGAACUGGCGGGAGCUCGUUUGGCAUUGCCGCGCAAAAAUUAGGCUUCCCAAGGAGCUUCUCGAGAAUUAUGGCAAAGCCAUUCUCAUCAUCGGAACAAUCGCGAAUAGACCUGACGUAUACUAUGAGCAGCGAUCGCCUGCCGACCUUACUUCUGAGGCUUGUGUUGUCAGUGUCCGGGGACCUAACAAGGGCGGGGACCGAGCAGCAGUACAGUAUGUGUUCUCAUCCGACGACGAGGGGGAAACAUUCCUUGAAGAUCAAGCGAGACAUACGAUGAAGAUAUUCCACUUCGGGACAGGUGAGCUGGAGGCUUGGGCGAAGGAAAAUCGCAAGUUGGGGUUUUAG